AUGGCUGAACCCAGAGGGCAUUUGCCUGAGGAGGUGCUAGCGCUCAUCUUCCGCCAUCUGCCCUUGCGAGACCGAGCCGCUGCAGCCAGAGUCUGCCGGACCUGGGCCGCCGCUGCCACCUGCAGCACUGUGUGGCAUGACACAAAAGUCAGUUGCGACUGUGAGUGGGAAGGCAUGCUACCACCUUAUCUGUCCGCCUGCCUGGACCACAUCCACAAUCUGCAUCUGGAAUUUGAGCCAUCAAAGAAGCAGAGCCGCCUGGUGGCCACGAAGCUGCUGAAAGCACUGGCGGGCCGUGCCCAGGGGUUGCGAGGCCUGUGCUUGGAGUGCCUAGGAGAGAAGCCUCUCUUCGACUCGGGCAGCGACAUCUUGGACUCGGUGCACAGGGUUUGCCGGGCUGCACCUGUGCUUCACCAUCUGGACCUUCGGCACUUGCCAUUCACCCUGGACGACACACUGGUGCUGCAGGUGGCACGUGGCUGCCCCGAGCUCCGCAGCCUCUUUUUGGAUAACUACACUCUUGUGGGUAGCGUGGGACCUAAUUCCGUGCUCCAACUGCUGGCAGCCUGUCCGAACCUACGUGUCCUUGGCCUGCACCUCGCCAGCCUGUCGCGCGCCGCCCUUGAAGCGCUGGCUGCACCAGACCGCGCGCCUUUCUCGCUCUUGGCCCUGCGGUGCGCGUGUCCCCAAGAUGCGCGAGCGCCCGCCCUACCCGACGAGGCCUGGGCUGCACUGCACCGCUGCCACCCGGGGAUGGUCGUAGAGCUGGAGUUAGAACCUGCACUGUCUGCCGACACUGUGAGGCACGUCCUUCAGCCUUCGGUGCCCGUGGCUAUCCUGCGCCUUAACCUCUCGGGCGACACCAUAGGUCCAGUGCGCUUCGCAGCCUACCACUACGCUGGAAACUUGCGCGUGAUCGAAGUGCGUGCUGCUGCAUCAGCGGAACUGGACGCAGCCCUGGAGAACCUGGCUGAGUGCUGCACCGACCUACGAGAGGUGCACUGCUUCUGCGUAGUACGGCCCACGGUUCUAAGCGCCUUCCGCGCGCACUGCCCGCGCCUGCGCAGCUAUACACUCAAACUAACGCGCGAGCCGUAUCCCUGGCGACCCACGUUGGUGGCGCGAUGA